UACAAUGUCUAUACCUGUAUCCUUGUGCGUGUGUGUGUCCUUAUAUAUAAACAACAGAGUGCGUCAGUACAAACUGCACAGAAGACUCUACCUUCUCGCUGUCGUACUGAUACUGACUUCAAUACGUUCAGAACUUCUCGCUUUGCCAAGACUUCUGUAUCGAAGAGUGGCAACUUCCUGUGAUUCCAGAUUCAUUUUCCUGCCAGCUGGUCGUGUCAGGAACUCCUUCGAGUGUUUGCGUCAUACAGUUGGCCGCUGCUGAAAUGGACCAUGAUGGUAUCUCCGCCCAUGCAUCAGUGCACGCAGCCUCCACAAGCCUCGAAGAGCUGGAAGCCGAGAAGGCGAGACUGAAGGCCCGUCUGGAGGAGACCCGAGAAGCCCUCGUGUGCCGGGUGUGCCUAGACCGCCCCGUGGCAGCCGUCUUCAUGCCCUGUGCCCACCUCAGCACGUGCCACUCCUGUUCUGCGUCCCUUACUUUGUGCCCGCUCUGCCGGACGCCCAUACACUACGCCGCCGCCGUUAUCAUCGACUGACGGGGGUGAAAGGACGGUACCGGCUGUACAGUUGGUCGUCUUCGCGAACUUACACAGGCGGGGGAGAGGAAAUAACCUGAACGGAAUUCCCUACACUUUGCACCGGGGUUAUUCUAAAGGGAUGAGAUUCAAUACUAAUCAUAUUUCUGUUAAAGGAUUUCUUCUAUGUUUUGCAAUCGGUUGUUUCUGCGAAAGGGGUAAUCUAUAAUUCAUAUUUACAUGCAUUAUACAUAUUCAGUUCUGUGUGUGUAUUUAAAUCCGUUAUGAACAGAUGUGCCUAACUCAGAGGAGAGUUAAAGCAACUCGUAAUUUUAAGUUUUACUGUUACAAAUAACAGAGGAUAACUUUUUUUAUAUAAAAUAAUUGAAGACUA